AUGUUUGUUUGGAAAAACGUGUUUUCCUUCAUUUUGUACCAUUUUUUCGCCCUUCAUGGGCUUUUCCACAUUGUGACGUUGCACAUCCAUUGGGGCACUUUUCUUUUCAAUUUGUUUUUGGCCGAAUUGUCGAAUUUGGGUACCGUUUCGGGUGCCCAUCGGUUAUGGACCCAUCGGUCGUACCAAGCGAAACUACCAUUGAGACUCUUCCUCCUGUUUUGUAACAACAUAAGUAACCAAAACUCGAUUUAUGAUUGGGUGAGAGACCAUCGAGUCCAUCAUAAGUUUAGUGACACCGAUGCUGACCCACAUAAUAUAAAUCGGGGCUUUUUUUUCGCCCAUAUGGGUUGGUUACUAGUACGCAAACACCCACAAGUCACAAUCAAGGGUCAAACUUUGGAUUUUAGUGACAUAAACAACGACAAACUGAUACAAUUUCAAAGAAAAUAUUUCAAGUUUUUAGCUUUUUUUAGUUCGAUUUUGGUACCAGUUCUAGUACCGUGGUACUUCUGGGACGAGCACUGGUACAAUUCGUUAUGCAUGACUUUUGUUCGCUAUGUUGGUACCUUACAUGGUACUUGGUUGGUUAAUAGUGCCGCUCACAUGUAUGGUACCCGACCCUAUGACAGUGGCAUUAAACCAACAGAAAACCGGCUAGUGGCUUAUAUAACCAUGGGUGAAGGUUGGCACAACUACCAUCAUACCUUUCCCUGGGACUAUCGAGCUGCAGAAUUUGACAGUUUCAAUGGAAACGUCAAUACAAUUUUUAUUAAUUUUAUGGCAAAAGUUGGCUUGGCCCAUAACCUUAAAACAGCACCGGUUAGUCUAGUCCAACGAAAAAAAUUCAACAGUACCAUUGGUACCAAAAUAAAUAAAACAUAA